UGCCUCGAGUUUGAGGCCAGCCUGGGGUACAUAGUUCAAGAACAUCCUGAAACUACAUAGCGAGGCCCGUCUGAAAAAGAGAGUCCUCCGCCUGGCAUGGUGGGCCCCUGCCUGGAGGAUCGUCAUCAGUUCCAGGCCAGCCUGAACUACAAAAUGAGAUCCUGUCUCAAAAAAAAUAAAGGGGGCCUUUAACCUGUCAUCAGGGUCCACGAACCUUAUGAAGCUUGUUUGUAAAAUUGUGUGCUUUUUCGGGGAGAGGGUGGGAGUCGUGGCUUUCAAUGGAAUCCCACGCGGUCUCCCUUAACUCCCCCGCAAAGAUUUUAAAACUGACUAAAUUGUAGUUAGUCUUUUGCCAGGUUCACUUUGUUUACUGUUAGAUAAAGACCAGAAGAAAUGACUUAUUUUUUCAGUUCCUCAAUAGGCGGCUAUCCAAAAGCCCAGAAACCGUAUAAUGUCCCCGUGUAUAGCAGGUUUUAAAAAAAAAAAAGGAGUUCGAAAAACAGCCUGAAAAGAAUGCAUGCACGCGGUGACCAACAUAAGGGAAGAAGCCAGAUCACAAGCCCAACAGUGCCUGCCGGUCCCUACCUCAGUCUGGCCCUUAAGUCAGCGCGGGAGGCGCUGAAAGGAACACCACUGAAGUCAGCCUAGUCGCGAGCCAGGCAGCACUCAAACGCUCCUGCAGAGCUGGCGGCGACUUCCGCCGGAAGGUGCUCCCUAUUCGGCUCCGUGCGGGGCAGGCUGGGAAUGGCGGGGAGGUGGGGCUCCCGGGCCACCCGCUCGCCCAUAGGCCUGUACAUUGCUGCGUCGGGUUCUGUUGACAAGCGAGACACUCCUCUUUUACGUCCCGGGUCAGUCCCUCUCAGCCUGUAGACAUUUAGCGUCUGUUGGCUUGUCCCGCCUCUUUCCCCGAACCGCACCACCUAGAGCCUCUUACGGAAGCCGUGGAGGACGGUCAAAAUCCGGCAGAAAAAUAACCAGGAACUAGUGAGGCAUUGAAGACCUGCUGCCCGAGGGGUUGCUCGGGAGGGACCAGUUUAGCCAAGGAGACGCAAGCCUGCUGAACCAUCGCGUGGGAAUGAUGGACGCUUUGAGUCAGCGGAAGCUGACCGUGGCGAAAGAGAUGAAGCUCAGCAUUCAUGUUGUGACAUGGAAUGUGGCCUCCGAAGCACCCCCUCUAGACCUCAGUGACCUGCUUCAGCUGAAUGACCCAAACCUGAAUCUGGACAUAUAUAUCAUUGGUUUGCAGGAAGUCAACUCUGGGAUCAUAAGCCUCCUUUCCAACACUGCCUUUGAGGACCCAUGGAGCAACUUCUUCAUGGAUGUACUCUCCCCUCUGAGCUUCAUCAAGAUCUCCCACAUCCGAAUGCAGGGGCUCCUCUUAAUGGUCUUUGCCAAGUACCAACAUUUGCCCUUCAUCCAGAUCCUCUCUACAAAAUCUACUCCUACUGGCCUCUACGGGUACUGGGGUAACAAAGGGGGAGUCAACAUCUUCCUGAAACUUUAUGGCUACUAUGUCAGCAUCAUCAAUUGCCACCUGCCUCCCCACAUGGCCAACAAUGAUCAGCGGCUGGAACACUUUGACCGGAUUUUGGAGAUGCAGAACGUUAAGGGACACAGUGUCCCCAACAUCCUGGACCAUGACCUCAUUCUCUGGUUUGGAGACAUGAACUUUCGGAUCGAGGACUUUGGGUUACACUUUGUUCGGGAAUGCAUAAAAAAUCAGUGCUACGGUGACCUGUGGGAGAAGGAUCAGCUCAGCAUUGCCAAGAGACAUGACCCACUGCUCCGGGAGUUCCGGGAGGGCCCUCUGCACUUUCCACCCACCUACAAGUUUGAUAAGAACUCCAACAACUAUGAUACCAGUGAGAAGAAACGUAAGCCUGCAUGGACGGACCGCAUCCUGUGGAGGUUGAAGCGGCAGCCCCGGGCCAACUCUUUCACCCCAAGUCUGCCAGCCCCCUCCUUCACCUUGUCCCUGAAGAGCUACAAGAGCCACAUGAUGUACAGCAUCAGUGAUCAUAAGCCUGUCACUGGUACCUUUGGCUUAGAGCUGAAGCCAUUGAUGUCUGUCCCAUUGAUCACCAUGAUGGCUGAGGGCCUGUGGACCAUGGAGAAUGACAUGUUGAUCAGCUACUCCUCAACUCCAGACUUUCUUAGCAGCUCCUGGGACUGGAUUGGACUGUACAAGGUGGGGAUGCGCCACAUUAAUGACUAUGUGUCCUAUGUCUGGGUUGGGGACAACCAAGUCUCCUUCGGCAACAACCUGAACCAGGUGUACAUGAACAUCUAUGAUAUCCCUGAGACUGAAGAUCAGUACCUCCUCUGUUAUUAUAGCAACAAUCUGCACUCUGUGGUGGGAAUCAGCAAACCUUUCAAGAUACCACCUCGCUGCUUUUUGGUGGGAGAUCUCCUGGAUGAAGCCCAAGCACAGAUCUGAGCCUGGAUGGGACAAGUGAAUCCAGGGCGGAGGCUACAGCUGGCAGCCAGCCCUGCCUCACCACUGCCAGGAUUGCUGGGGGCCCAGCCCCUGAGGAGGCAGCCAAGUACCCGCCUCCUCCCAGGGUGAGCUCUAGCCAGACUCCUUGCUCUUGCCAGGCCAGAUCACUGGAAUUGGCACUUAAAAUACAGGUGUUUGUUGCUGAGAUAUGAGUGAAACCAGCUAAUUUAUCAGCACUGAAGACUUAGGAAGGACCCUCCAACAUGCAUCUCAUUUCUUGAACGCACAAAGACACAUGAACACACAUACAAAUAUUUCCAGUCCUGCCCAAGCACUCCAGCCAGGCACAUGCCCCAUCUGGCACAGGCCUGCAUUCUUGUCACACCAUGCUGGGCCUCAGGCUGCCUGGAAAGGGUAGAUGCUCACAUUUCUACAGGCCCCAUAGACUGGGUGGGUUCCAGAAGUCUUGGCAUUUUAUAGCUUGUCCCAAUGGGGGAUGAGGAAAGGGUCUAAGAUCUCUGUUUCAGUAGAAACAGUAUAACUAAGUGGACAGGAUGGAAGAUCCCCUCCACCUAGGCUCUUACAUACAGUGAUUGUGAGUCAGUUGAGAGUCUGUGCCAUCACAGUCUUCUCCCUUUAACCCUGCAUGGAGUUUAACCCAGGAAUUUCCAGAGCCUGAGCAGAGAGAAUUCCAGGGAGCUGAGUUAGCUUCUGUGGGUAAAUCGGUUCCCAUGCCCCCAACUUGCCCUCUUGUGAUGGACUGACUGGUGAUAGAGGAGCUGCAUCCAUAGACUUCCAGGAUGAUUCUUGCCAGUUCAAGCUCAUCUGCCCCCCAAACCCCCAUCAUUAGUCUUUAGUAAGAAACUGCUCCUCUCUCUUGACCCCUUGGAGACCUAGAAGUAGGAGCAGGUAGACAGAAAGGAAAGCUAGGAUGAAGACAUUUUGGAGGACCUGGCCCUGACAACCUCAGAGAUCAUAAUUCUGCAGGUGCCCUGUGGACAUAGCUUCUCCCUGUUCCUGCCAAUUGCCUUCUGCCAGUGGUGACGGUACAGCCCUUCUCCCAAGAGAGGAUAUACCUCAGGGAACUUGCUCUGUCAUUCAUGUCCAAUUACCACCUGCGACUGAGAAUCAGUCACUCCAGUUAUUCUAUUCUGUAUUCUACCCUGGGAGCCAUGUGUAUGAAAAAUUGUCCCCUCGGCCUCUAGCAAGCCAUGACUGCCUGUGUUCUGUGGCUUUUACACUUGUGUGUGACUCCUUGAUGAUGGGAUGAGGGGCAAGAAAUAUAGGAAUGGGGUCUGGAGACCUGGGUUUGCAUCAGUGUUUGAUCCUACCCUAUCUUACCGCAUAGGAGCCACAGUUAUCUAUAAAAUACAAAUGACUUCGGGCCAAGGAUUUAAGCUCAGUGGUUCCAGCGUCUGCCUUGCAAGCACAAGGACCCAAGUUCAAUCCCCUGUACCCCCCCCAAAAAAAGAUUUCAAAUGUACCUGUUUGUGAAAUUAUUGCAAGAAAGCAAUUACACACACAAAAAUACCCAGCGUGAUACUGAUCUCUCUUUUA